AUGAGUGACCGAGGGGUGGUCGUUCUGAGCGUGGGAGGUGUGAGAUUUGUAACGCGGGCUUCUACCUUGCAGCAGUUCCCCGAGUCCAGGCUAGCACGGAUGUUGAAUGAUGAUGACCGGGAAUUUAAACUGGUGAACGGAGAGUUUUUUGUGGACAGAGAUGGAACUUUGUUUAGUUACAUCAUGGACUUCUUGAGGACUCUCCAGGUCUCCUUACCUACUGAUUUCUCAGACUAUCAGAGGCUGCAGAGAGAAGCAGAAUUCUAUGGGCUCUACCUUCUGGCCGACCUCCUGAGCCAGGAACACUUGCUGAAGCCAAGGCUGGAGAUCUUGGAAGUGCGUUUUUCUCUCCAAGAGAUGCAGGCAUUUUUCCGGAUCUUUGGUUCCUGCAGUACCACUGUUGAGACGCUGGCUGAACAGAUCACUGUGUUUACAGGGCAGCAGUCAGGACAGAGCUGGAGCAGCCCUUUUCCUUCUCUCGUUCCCCUUCCUUUGGAAAGACCUUCUCAUCACGACAUGGUUUUUCAGUGUGGUACUGACUACCCUGCUGGUGACCAGUUUGUGGCGAGGUAUGUUUCCAUAAAGCCUGAUAAUAGAAAGCUGAUAAACGGUACUAAUGUGCUAGGCCUACUGCUUGACACUUUACUGAAGGAUGGAUUUCGCCUCAUGAGCACCAGGACAGUCUCCGGUGAAGACAAAGUCGAAUGCUACAGUUUUGAAAGGACGAAGAGGCCAGCAGGCCUUACCGUCACGGUGAACCAAACCCCGGGGAGCUCCGGGGUGGCGCAGGCAAAGAGAACCCAAGCGCAGAAAGGGAAAUAAAGGCUUUUCCUUUCA